AUGAUCGCAGGUGCCGCCGCCGAUUGCCAGCCCAUUACGUGGGAAAUUUGUCAAAGUCAAGACCCUCACAGACUCCAACACCCAGGGCGCAAGUUACAAGACGACGUAACAGCCUACUCACCACUAUGCUACCCACAAAUCCAAGACACGAGGCUAACUCCCUCGAGGCAGCACUUCAACAGUAUCCGACUACCAUUGCAAGUCUGCUCUCAGACCAGGACAAUGGCCCUGAAGACUUUCCAUCCCCUUCGCUAUCGCGGCGAACGCCAUAUACUGGCGCAUCCACGCGUCGAAAAGAUCGUCGCCAAACUUGUGAAGGAGGAUUGUGUUUGGGCCUGCCCAGCACUUGACGUCUUCUGGAUCAUCAAUUUCGACAUCGAGACCGGCUGCACGCAGCCGUGGCCGUUUGCCCAACCGAGCGGCCAGCAGGCCUCCUCCCGCUCGCAGCCUAGCGCGACGGCCAACGGAAUCCUCCGGGUUGUCCAAAAUGUCAGAUUCGGCUGGCUCAGUUCGAGGAUCACAUACCCAGAGGAGCUGUCUGGCGCGCUCGAGUGGAGCCUCUGCCUGCCGAGUAUCAAGCGAGUCUAUGUGGACAAGCACAGGACGCAUCCCAGCUACGGAGUGGCCGGGUACUUGAAGACGGGACGCUACCGGCUAGGGUCUCGCAAGCGUGGGCCCGAGCAUCUUCAACUCGUCGGGUUACCGGACAGGAUCACCUAUUCUCUGCAACGCCCGACGACAGACAAGGCCCCGUGGAAAGCGCUGCGGAGUAGGAAAAUUCCAGUUGUGGUUCGCGAUCGGAGCUUUGGUGAUGAGAGCCCCGAGACUGUCCCGCUAGAGCUUUUCCUGGACGAGAAGGAUAAGAUCUGCUUUCGGCUCUUCUGUCGGUAG